AAUGAAGAAGAAAAAGUUCGUGUUUGAUGUACGCCUUGAGAUCCAAGAGCUAUCAAGCAUACCCUUUCUAACUGGUGUAGUUUUCUGCAAAGUUCGCCAAUUGAAUGGCGGACAUUUUGCUGCUUUCACAACAAGAAAAAGAGUCGCAGAUCACUCGGCAAGAUGGGAUUCAAAGUUCAACCUUUCAUGCAAAUUGAUAGCAAGUCAGGCUACAGGAAUCUUAGAAACAUGUCUUUGUCGAGUUUCAGUUAGAAAGGAACUAAAAGGUGGAAAAUCAUAUGAAAAGCUUGGCUAUGUUGAUAUGAAUUUUGCUGAAUUUGCGGGCUGUGGGUCAUCAUCCAGGCGAUAUAUUUUAGAAGGUUACAGUGAUAACAAAGAUCAAAGACAAGACAAUUCUAUCCUGAAGGUGAAUGUCAACAUGACUUUGAUAUCUGGAGAUCCGCUGUUCAAGCCUCAAGUAUCGAAGCCUCAAGUUGCUUCAGCAGCUAUUAGUGAUGUGGCAGGAAAGGUUCCAACUCCUUCAAGUAGCAAAGAUGAUAUCCCAAAAGAUGACGAGCAGUUUAAAAGCAUACCAAGGUCUUUCAGUGAUUCGUCACAGCCGAACCAUCUUCUGCCUCCAAUGGAUGGUAUGAGCACUUUCCCGCUGCACAAAAGACAUGCAAGCGUUGGUAACCAACCGGGAAGAAUAUCGUUGCCUACUCACACACGAUCUGGAAGCAUGGAUAAAAGGUUUGGCUCAUCAGAUCAUUCGAGACAGUCAAGCAAUACAAGUGAUAUACACUUAGAAGGGGACGUUGGGCCUAGUGCCCUUGCCACGGCAAGUGAAGAAUUUCAAAGGAAAAUGGACACCACGCGGGUUGAUGUUGAUGACGUCAUUAAUCAGCUGUUUGAAGGGCACGAUUUCACAGCAGAUGCAAGUUUUAAUGACGAAGACAAGCAAUUGAAACUGGUAGUGUCUCGUGAUGGCAAAGCGACUGCAACCGGAGGGUAUGAUAUUCGAAAAAAAUAUAAAGGAACACUGCAUACUACCAUCGAGGAAGAUGACAGAUACAAGACUCUCUAAUAUUAUUUUAUAAACCGUGAUGUUUAAUGUAUACCAAACAAGUUAUAUGUAACAUUUGAUCAUUAGAUGUUUUGUGUAGUAGCUUAAGGCUUUUAAUUUCAAGGUAACAGAUAAAGCUCAAAUCUGGGUGAAUAGGCAAUCCAAGAUUUGCUUAUAAUUCUUAUAGAUCUGCUUAUAGUCAUAAUUUGACAACAAAACAAAUCGGGUGUCUUGCAGACUUUUUCUUGCAGUGCAGGAAACAUAAGGUCCUGGUCAGACCUCAGCCUCUGCGUGGCACCCAAGAACGAUGAUUUAAGUGCUAUGACGUGAAAGUGAUUUUAAACCAGUUUGUAUUUGAACUGCCUUUUCGUGGUAAAUGUCAUGCAACAGCAGGUGCUGCUUCUUUUUUCAUUUCAAGCAAAUGUCGCUGUGCCUUUAUCCUAAAGCCCCCUACAAAUGCAAAAUUAUACAGAAGCAAAAUUCCAUUCUCUUUUAUGAUGCUUGUUUUUAUCCUGAAAGGUGUCAAAAAUUUGCUUGUCCUCAAAGUUAUUGAUAUCUCGCAAAUAGCACGCGUAUCUUAGGCCAUAUUUAGUAAGUGAUAAAUUCGCCUGUUACCUCGUUAUAACUGGCUAUUAUUUUGUAACAAUAACCUUUUAGUAAGCAACAUGAAUUUUUGUGUAACUUGUAUCGAUAUGAUUUGCAUAAAACUGAUAAGAUUACGAUCAUUGUAGUUAAUACCUGGAAUUUUUUGUGUCCCGCCUCCGUUUUUGUGAUAGUGGCAAAGAAAGAAAUUGCCUUUAUAUUAUCAGUUAAAGACACGCAACGGAUAAAAAUGCAAAUGGCCUGGGCAGGCUAAGAAUAGGCAACUAAAAAUUGUUCAUGAUACCUUGCAUAUGACUGCGUUAUUUUGUUGUUCUUAUGUGUCAAACAACGCAAGGUGACCAAUAGAUGUGAGGUGUUUUUGCCGCUACAUUAGCUCUAUUCAAUUGUGGUAUAAACAUACAGUUCGAGCAUAUAAGUUGGACAGCUCGUUUUUUCAUGUGAACAGCUGUUCAAGAACGAUUCAAAAACUCAGCUUUUUAAAAACAUCUUGGUUUCGUCGUGUAUCUAGGUGUUCUACAAUGGUUUCCCUGGCUUCACAUAAGAUGAAUUUCUCGCCUUUCGACGAAAUUUGACUUAAUGCGCCUGCGAAUGACGGUUUUUGGACCCCUGUAAUAAAGCCCUCGGUGAUCUCACUGAACAAACCAGUCAUGUUUUUGUGUUUCGUCUAUUACCCACUCCAGUUGAUCAAAUGAACAAUUUUCACAUGUGAUCUUAAAAGUUCGACGACUUACAUAGCCAUAAAAAAAUUCCUACUGCAGACCAAUAAGAGCCCAACAUGAAGUCUGUAUGCCCGCUAAACAUGUCGCUUCAACAACUGGUAAAAGAUUGUUUGAAAAAGCCAAGCCAAAAGCUAAAUCAAAAGAAAGAAACGUUUAAAAAAGAUUGAAAGCAUUAGCAAUAAGAAAAGUAAGGAAGACAUUAAAUAACGUGAGAAAACCCCGCUGCAGUUUCACAAGUAAAUCAAAAAGUAGCUCACAUAACAUGUGAGUCUCCUAUCGCUUCAUCAGUUUUUAAAGAUAUUAGUUCAAAAUCCAAAACAGUUCAAUAAACUAGAUCAAAAAUAAGGCAAAAAUAUCACAGAAAAUUUAUAUUCCACUUAUCAACUUAAAUGAUGAUAUAAAAAAGCAAAUAACAAAAAUAGUGUGAAAAAAGAAUAUUAUAUACUUAUUCAUUACCUUUCCCUUACUCAAUACGUUUCAAUAGAUUUAUCAACAAAAGCAACAGCUUCAUCAAACAGUUCAAGUGUAAUUGUUUUACCCACCAUCAGUAGCAGCACCAUGGGGGGGGGCACACCAUCACUAAAACUAUUAAAAAGAAGGUCCUGGAUGUUGUGUGUCUUCUGAACCAGGGACAGAAUAUUUAACUUUCAGUUCAGUCGCAAAAAUACAAUCGUCAAAACAAAGUACAACAAAGUAAAUGUAAAUGGUGUAAACCUCGAUAAUACAAUUGAGGUACACAUUUCGUUCCCUCAAGAAAAUUCUCUUCUUAUUUUCGUCAAAGAACAAUUGAAAUCUUUUUUCAAAGCUCAGCUAUUUUACGAUAAUGCCUCCACAGUCAUCACAUCACCAAACACACAAAAAAUUUGUUUGUUAAUAAUUUAGCUGCCAAUUUAUUUGAAGAAAUUGUAUUUACGUUAAACGGACACGAUAUUUCAACGCUAUAGUUAAAAUUUAUUAUUUGCAAACUCUAUUUACAUCAGAUGAAGAUAAUUUAUCUUCUUACAGACUAGAAAACCAAUGGUACUAUUUCGAACACCCGGACAAUUCGACAACUGCACUGCAGAAAAUGCAAGCGUUUCAAAUAAUAUGAAAAUUGAAAAUUUCUACAAGUAAUUUUCAGAAGGAAAGGAAGUUCCUCUUAUCUAUCUUGAAGGAGAUUUAAAACAAAUCCCUUUAAGUUUCUACCGGUUCCAUCAAAAGGAAAAGUAAGGUAGUCAUGGGUAAUGCCGGACGCUAGGCAAUCACAGACAAAUAUACUUGGGAAUAUUUUUUUUAAUCUGUCAUGAAAAAAUAUGAAAAGAUUGUUGAAAGCAUGAUUUGGUACCAUUCAUGUUUAUAUAUUUCUCUUUUUGAGCCCUUUUUGUGUGUUUUGAACGCAUGUCGGUGAAGUGAGUGGGCCUAAAUUCCCUCGAUUUUCUGAUCUUCGAAAUCGAGAUGUUGCUUUCUGCAGUGAUCGGGGAAAGCUCAAUGUUCAAGUUUUGACUUUAUACUAUAGUUGAUUAAAUGAUAGAGAGAUGCUUGGAUUUUGCUUGGAUAACAUAGGCAUCCUCAUCAGAUGGCACGAUUCUGAGAUUCCGAAACAUCUCUGGACGAAGUAUAUUGCAGAUGAGCGUGGUCAAUUCCGGACAGCUAAUGGGAUGAUUCCCUGGAAAAUGUCGUGGCCAGAAAAACUUGAUAAAACCCAUACCGAUGGAAUAAAUUAGUUCUAUUUCCUUAAAGAAAAACCAGGUUUCCAGUUUGAUGUUGUUUUUUGCAAUUUAACUAUGAAUAACAUAAGUUCGGAUUGAAUCGUGGUCUUUCUGUUGGAUCUCAUUAUUGUUUGUCCUUUAAUUGCUUUCAACUAAUAGAUAAAUUGAUCGGGAAACAAUAAAAAUUUCCAACACUAGAAUUAAACUCUUGCAUUACCCCUGGCCUUUUUUCAUAUUCUUAUCUAGAUCACCAAAACUGUGUUUAAUCUGCCUGUCCGUCACUACCAGUGGAUGUCCGACAUUUCCACAGAGAGUGAUUAGCUUCAAUUUUAGAAAAACAACAGAAAGUAAAUUCAUCAGAAAAUUUCAUUAUAAGAAUGGC